AGGUUUAUUCUAAAGCCAACAGCAAAAAUGACAGAAGGAAAGGUUGGCUAUAUCUUCUUUAUGCAACGCCAGAGUUAUGGACCACAACAUUACCACACAGGACACAAAUUUUAUAUAAUGCUGACAUAAGUAUGGUGCUCCUCCAACUGAAUCUAAAACCUGGUUCUAUUGUUGUUGAAACGGGUGAGUUUAGGCAAAAUGGGAAGGAAAAGGACGGACAAAUUACCACAAAACGAUCCGGCUGCCUUAUCCAUGUUACAGCUUAAUGAAGUUGAUGACUUACAAAAAAAUCUAUAUAAAUUAUCCGUCACUUGCAUGGUAGUAAAAGCUUGUGAAAAUAUUGUCUGUUUUCCUCAAAAUAUAGAACGCUGAAGUUCUUUCCUAGUAGCAUACGAUAAAUUGAACGGCUCCUGGAACCAAUUUAUCCAAAAAUUGAGACAAUUGUUGCCUUAAAGCCGGUUUUCCACUAGGCGGAAUUUUGCGCGCGGAGCGGAAUCUUUCUUAGUUUGUCUUUUCUAAUUAGUUCCACCCGAGAAAUCACAAGACAAAGAAAAAUUCCGCUCCGCGCGCAAAAUUCCGCCUAGUGGAAAACCGGCUUUACUGUCGAUGCAAUGGAAGUGUUGAUAAAAUAUUGCACCAAUUCCUUUCCUCAAGUUGAUCAAUUCAUUUGAUAGAAAAUUGAUCAACUUCCUGUUACUUUUGGAUGAGCCAAUUAGAUUUCAUUUCAGAACCGAUUGACAAAUAGGAAACGCACAGGAAGUAAAAAGAAAUUUGAAUUCGUAUGAAUUGAUCAACUUGAGGAAAUGAAUUCAUGCAAUAUUUUAUCAAUACUUCCAUUGCAUCGACAGUAAGAAAAACGAUUUGUAUUACGUAGACAUUACUAGUUCAAUAAUUCUGACACAUUCUAAAAAGUGAUGGCAUUUUUUUACGACAGACUCGUACUUUUGUUAUUUUUGGUAUAUAAAUUCCCGUAUCUGCAGAAAAAUCCUUGUUCCACUCUGUCAAAUGGUGGACGCGAAGGGCCGCAUUCUUAAUCCUGAUCUAACGUUGUUCCGCUUCAUUUAAAAUUUAUGUGCCCUGGGGAUUCAUACCCAAAGUGCUCAUUAAUAUAUGUCGUUAUUUAGGUACUGGAAGUGGUUCAAUGUCUCAUGCUAUAAUGAGGACAAUAGCACCCACAGGUCACCUUUUUACAUUUGAAUUUCACGAACAAAGAGCGAAAUUGGCCAGGUAAGGUAUCAGGAAAGAACAUGGAAUAUUUUCGGGCUGAUAGGAAUUAUAUGCCUUCUUUCCGUCCGAGACAUUAGAUGGAGAUAUGUUAGUUAUUAUAAUUGAUAUGCAGGUGGUGUAGGACAAGAUCAGCCAUACGAAAGAACUUUGAAAGUAUUUUAAAACAGGUCAAAAAAUAGUCAGACAUGAUAUUAAAGAAAAUACAGACCGUGACGUUUUGAUCAUUAUAAGGGGACGAAACAAGACCUAAAAGUCCAGAACUUAAGUCGUUUUCACACAAUUAAUGUGGUUUCCCAAAAUGUUGCAGUGGUUAUAAAGAAGUAUAAAAUGCACGCAAAGCAAUCCUAAUGUCGUUGAAAUUGAUGGAAUACAUGACAAAAUAACUAUAAAAAAAUACUAUCACCUGAAAUGCAUAGACAAAACUUAACAUUAAAAUUUUAUCGAUAAACUCGGAAGCUAUGUCCAUAACGAAAGUUGUUUUUUAAUUGGGAUAAAGCCUUGGACCAUGGACCCUUACCUAAUGAUCCAUGGUUGAGUAGCCAAUGUAUGAGUAUCCAGCGAUUUGUAAUAUAAUAUAGUUGAGUAUCCAGCGAUUUGUAAUAUCAUAUAGUCGAUACUAGUACUUAGAAUAAAAAUGCUAUCCUUUUCCGGAAGUUCAAAAAAAUAGCAAUAAGAUAUUUCCCACUUUUUUGAAUUAUAAAAUAAUCAUAUAAAUUGUAACUCUGUUAGGGACGAAUUUGUUCAACAUGGUUUUGGUAAUAUUGUGACUGUCGCAAACCAAGAUGUCCUUCUCGAUGGCUUUGGUCUAAACAACGUAGCUGACGCAGGUAUUCAAUAUUACACGUGACAAUAGUCUGCUUGAAACUAGUAGGUAUGGAAAUAUAACACUAGUAGGACAGAGUACAUAUACUGUGGAGUCGACUCGGAAAAAUGUGCAGUCUGGAGUCGUUAACUUUAUAUGUAAGAAAAAUGUACACAAUUAUUUGUCUAUGAUCUUUUUUAUUUUUUAUUGUUCGUUUUAUUAGUGUUUCUGGAUCUUCCUUCACCUUGGGAAGCCAUAAAGUUUUCAAAAGACGCCUUAAAGGUAAAUGAUAAUCAUGCAGGCACAUUUUAAAAUACUCACAUAAAUUUUAACAGUAUUUAGCACCCAAACUCUAAAAUACGAUGUAUGUUUGCAGGCACAUUUUGAAGCUAUGGAUUUUGCUCCCAGGCACUAAAAAAUAUUAAUGAGCCCUGAUGAUAAUUUACAUUAUUUUUGGAUAUCAUUCUUUUCUCAUCCAUGCCGUUAUGUUUGAUAUAAUUAUAUAUAUAGACCUAGAACACAAUAUACACUCAAGAAGAAUUCGUCAAUCCCAUAGAGCAUGGGAUUGAAAUUGAACCCAUUUACUGGCAUCAUGCUACUGUGCCAAACAGUAGCUUGGAUGAUGAAAAUUCUUUAGAUUUUAAUUUCUUCCUUUACAGUCUACUUGGCCGAUCUAUCUGCCCAAUAACUCAUUCUAUCACUUACAGUAGCUACAAAAAUCUAGUGCAGUGAGUUUUGUCAAAAUAUUAAUAUUAAUGAACUUCAUCUUCUUACCAGACAAGUGGAGGACAUAUUUGUUCAUUUUCACCAUGCAUUGAACAAGUUCAACAAACCUGCACCGCACUAAACGAGCAAGGAUUUAAAGGUAAAGUGCCCUAAAAUCCUUCCACUACAUUAAAUAUAAAAAAUUAAGAAUGAUUAUUACAAUGAUUAAAUGAUAGAAACUGAAAAAAGUCAAGUGAACAUACUACUGUUGGACAGUCAAUAGUGAUACUGUUGAAGAUCCAAACUGUAACAGUUCACAGUUUUCAGUUUAAUUGAUUGAAAUAUUGAAAUUGAUUUAUCAAAUAUCAAUUAUGAAAUGUGAAUGCUUCAAUGCUGAGAUUUAAUUCUUCUGCACAAAUAUUCUCCCCAGGGUGUGUUAUAUGAUAUUUUCUGAAUUCACGUCCUCGAACAAUGCAUAUUUUGUUCUGGGUAAUUUUGCAAUUUCGGAAUUAGUAGGAGAUAUUUACGGACCAUUUUUAAUUACACUGGCCGCAGCCAGUGUCAUAAUUUGCCCUUGCUUGAAAAUGCUGUCUUUUUCGGUUUGUUUUUUGUCGCAAGUUUGACUUUCCAUUGCGGCAUCUUGAGCUCAGGAUUGCGCAAUUUAGCUAAAACAUGCUCACGACGAUUAUUAGGACCAAUUCUACACAACGUCAAUCAGAACGACUUUCGUGUUUAACUACGUUACAAAUCUUAGACGCUGUAAUUGUGGGACGUAUUCCAUUUUAUUAUAUAAACAUAAGUGUUAUAUAGAGUUUUUGGCCACUGACUGAAAAUCGUAUUUAAACACACGUAAAAAAUACGAUAUUUUUACGUGUGGAAAUAUCAUUUGUUGUAAAACGCAUUGCCAUGGACGUUUUAUUGUUUUCCACUGAAUUUUGUUUAUAUAAUAAACAGAAAAAUACAUGGGUGCUUGGAAAUACCAGAUUUAUUUCUCGUGUUCAACAUGAUAUCUCACUCGUUCGCUGCGCUCACUCGUGAGAUAUCAUGUUCAACACUCGAAAUAUUUAUUGUUUUCCACUGAAUUGUGUUUACAUAAUAAACAGAAAAAUACAUGGGUGCUUGGAAAUACCAGAUUUAUUUCUCGUGUUCAACAUGAUAUCUCACUCGUUCGCUGCGCUCACUCGUGAGAUAUCAUGUUCAACACUCGAAAUAAAUCUGGUAUUCCCGCGCACCCAACACCGCGGAAAAACGUCUGCGCAUGCGUCAACCUUACCUGUAAUAGUAUUGCGAACUUGAUGAGAAGCUGUUCCGAACGUUCCCGAAGGCUCAAAAUGGCGGUAAAAAGGAGUGACUUCAUUGUGCGUCUUUACAGCCAGAUUUCGAGUGCGAAAAUAAACAUGUCAUUCUAAAAACUAGGAAUAAAUACAGCCAGAAGGUUCAAGAAAUUGUAUUGUACAAGAACAUGAACUAAAGGUGAUUGUUGACAAAUUUAUCGUCUGAAACAUUUUGUUUAUCAACUAAGCAACGACAAUUUCCGAAUUUUCGUUUGAGAUACAUUUCUUUAAAAAAAACUAUGUCGCCAAAUAUAAAAAAUUUUCGUGUUCACAAUAAUUAAACUAUAGGAUUUAUUCUACAAUUUGAGUGGGUUAAGAAGCUUAACUUUUCGAGAGUUUUCUUAACUUUUUAGUUUGAAUUUUUGUUUUGAAUAAUUUUGCAAAAAUUUUCGAAGUCGUAUCCGUUAAAAUCAAAUAUUUUUUACAUGAAUUAUAUUUCAUUCCAUACUUUAAAUGCCAGGACGCUUUCAAUUAAUGUCUAGUCUACCCAUUUGCUAUAUUUUCUCGUUUGUUUUACUAAUUUUUGACCAAUUAAUAAGCAUGUUUUUGUUUUAGAAAUUGAUAUUCAAAUUACCCGCCAUAUUUUCAUAAUUUGGUGCAUGCGCAGACGUUUUUCCGCGGUGUUCGCGCACCCAUGUAUUAUUCUCUAUAUAUUUCAUUGCGCAUGCGCUUGAACUUUUCCGUGUUUUUCGAUAUAUCGCUGAACUCUAUUGGUUUUGUAUGGAUUUUUAUUGUGCCGUCCUCUGAAUGUUUGUGAUCAUGAAGUGACGGCCGUCAAGAAGUGAAGAAGAUCUACAUGUUUCAAAUUAUUUCUUAGAGUAUUGCGAUGGUAUUUUACCAACCGCGAGGCCAGUGUGAACGCCUGAGCAGGCGUCUUGUUGGUUAUGAUUUUGGACUUUGCUCUUCAUUGUACCGGUGCCCCCUCCCCCCAAUCUUUCGAUGCUUCCUACUUCCCUGUUUAUCUCGAUUCCAAUCACAAGUCUAUCCUUAAACCAAUUGUGCAAGAAACAUCAGGAGAUCAUCGCGGCCAUUUAGGCAAGAGAGAAAUAAACAGUACAGUCUAUUAUGUUAAACAUUGCAAAUUAAUUUCUAUACAUAGGACUACAAACUUUACGCAGUCCACAACAUGCAUGGCUUUCACGCUGUUACUUACUGCUAUACAGUAUUGUAUGACCCAUGCACGUGCAAAAUUUUCUUGAUGCUGCUAAUCGUCAUUCAGGCGGACUGUUUUCCCAGACAAAUUAUUGUGAUAGCAUUGACUCUUUUUCUUCAUCCACUUCUAUAUUCCAUUUGAGUCAUCAACUCCAGGUUGGCCAUGCUCUCCAACCUCACCAGGACUGCAAUCGCGUGCAAUUAUUUCGCGUUUACCUUUCCUUCAGUUAAGGUGUAAGUAAACUAGAUGAAACAAAACACAAUGCAUUUAUACAAUAUGUCAACAGCGCAAGUUUUCUCACAUUUCUAGAUAUUCGUACAAUGGAAUGUUUGCAGCGAAGACAUGAUGUGAGGCCUAUUACACUUCAAGAGCCAAACUUUGGAAAAAUUGAGGUCAGGAAAUAUAUAUUACAACGUCUAAUAAAUUCUUAAUACAAUUUUCAAGGGUUUUUUAUAUUAAAAACCAACAGUAAGUCAAUGCUUUCGUCCAAUAAAGUUUUGUCAUUGCGAGUGUUUAGAUAUUCUAUCUUUACAGCCCUGGAAAAUGUGUUGUAUUUUCAGUGAACGAAAUGUAUUAUGUUUUUUGAGUUAAAAUGCUUGAGACGUUCUCUAAUCGCAAAUUGUUAUUUGAACACCAACUUUCGACUGCCAGUCUGUAGUUCUCGACAGAGAAAUCAAUAAAUAAUGAACUAAGCCUGCAACGACUGACUACGGUUUACAAUUACAAUAUAAAAAUAGAAUAAAAUUUUGUUACGUGUUCGUGUUCUUUUGGAAUAAAACUGUUAUUGUUCACUCACUGGUAUAAAUAUUUGGAAUUAUUCUAAGAACUGAAAGUGAUUUCCGCAUGCUAGACAGACAGAAAGCACUUGAAAAAUGUUGAACAUAACUGUAAAUUCGAAAGCUCGCAUAUAAAUAGAAAUGUACGAUGAGAUAUUACCAAAACCGCGGAUGCUUCCUCGCUCGGAAAAAUGUGCCCAAUUUUUUUUGUCAAAACAUUCAGGAAUACGUCUACAUUCCUACGCUUUUUCUAAUGAAAUGUCAAACUAUUAUUAACCAUUGUAGCAUAAUUUCUCGCGGACCAAUCAGAUGUCGCCAUUCCCACGAUGUCGAUUUCCUCACUUUAAGCAGAGCCUUAAGAAUGUGACUGCAUUCUUGAAUGUUUUCACGUGAAAACAUCCGCGACAGGAAGCAUGCGCGGUUUUGAUAACGUCUCGAGAAAGAUUUUUGAUUGUGUUUGUUAUACUAAGACUAGGAACUGAGCAACCCUUCCAUUCUCGGCAACCCCCAAUAUUUAACAAUUGGUGAAUGGUGUAAGGAUAUUCACCGAAACGCCAAGCGUUGAUGUGAAAAUCCUUUACCAGCAAAAUAUAAGAUGAACCACAUUCCGAAUAUCAACAACGUCUUGUAUAAACUGAAUUUCGACUAAAUUUCGACUUUAUUUCAAAGUUUUGUCAAACCAGCACUAUUCACCUUGCACUAUUCUCCGACGAUGUGGUGAAUAGUAGAAAAAUUUGCUAGUCUUUGACCGGAACGGCACGGGAAGCCAUUUUGUUUUUGUCCGGAGAUGAAUAGUGCACGGAUAUCCGGGGCUGAGCAGCCAAUCUAAUUGCGUGAAAAGCACUAUCCACCGAGUAUAUGUUAAAUGCAUCCAACUACAUGAAAAAUAUAAGGAGAAUUUCGACGUUUGGAGCGAAGACCCUUCAACAUACUAUUAUUAACCCCUUUCACCAAGCCCCAAUAAGUCCAUCUCUAGUUUUGUGAGUAGUUAAAUGAUACACUCAGAGAUCCCUAAAACAAAAUGUUCUAACAACAUCUUUCUGUUACAUAUAAAGAAUGAUGAAAACGGUGAAGUGGAAGAAUCAUGCAGGAAACGUGUACACGAGGAGGUCGGCGAGAAUAACGAUGAGGUUGAGGAAGACACGGUAGAAGCAGAUAAUGAAUCAGAUGAGGUUAAGAGACGCCGAGCUGCCAUAUCGACGAAAAGUGAACGAACUGUUGGUAUCGUAGCUGCGUGCCCUAUGAGACAGAUACCUGGUCACACUGGAUAUUUGACAUUUGCUGUAUUAUAUCCGUAGUAUAUUUAUAAUGAUAAUGAUGGUUCAAAAUAAAUUGUGUUUUUUUCCCGAAUACGAACUGUUAAAACUCAAGAAAUAUUUCCUGAGCCCCACACUGUCCAUUCGCGUAAGUCCAAUACUAUCGUGCGUCUAAGUGUGUG